CGCGCGAUCUCUGCUCAUCAACGGAUGAUUUCUGAUAUGUUUUGUUCUCGUGUCAGGAUUCACGAGGUCUCCGUGUCUUCAGGGUUCCUGUAGGCAGUGCGCAUGCGCGUCUGGCUCGAGAUUAUUCUGCGUCUGAGGGAAACAUGCGAGCGUCAACAUGCGUGAUGUUCACGAGCAGACGCGCCGCUCGGCCGUGACGCGCUCCGCGGCGGAGGAUGUCCGUGAGCGCGGCGGCGGAGGACGGAGGCGUCAGUAAAGCGCAGGUCAAGCGUCAGAUCAGGAGCAUCGUGAAGGAUCUCGAGCACAUCCUGGGAGACCUGAAGGAUGUGGCGAAGGAGCUCAAAGAGGUGGUGGAGGAGAUCGACUGCCUGACGUCUGACCUCCGUCUGGAGGAGGAUCUGACAGACGGCUCAAAGACAGACACGCUCAACAGCAGCUCCAGCAGCACCACCACGGCCUCCAGCGUCAAGAUCUACCCCGAGGAGACGCUCUUCAGACCUCCAGCCGUCCUGAAGAGACCCACACACAGAGCCCAGGACAUCUCGCUGAUGCAGAACGGAGACCCAAAGACAUCGGGCUGUCCUCAGAGCACGAGAGAGCGCGUGCGCUUCAGCGAGAAGGUGCAGUAUCACGGCUACUGCCCGGACUGUGACAGCAACAGCACAGAUCUGCACUUACACACCGAGCUGAUCGACGCCAGACACAGUCCUGUCCAUCAGAGCCCCGAGAUCGCCAGCAUCGCCUUCCCCUCGCAGAAGCCACACAAGACCAUUCUACGCAAGUCCACCAGCACCACCGUCUGAUAGAGAGACAGGCCUUUCGUUUGGAGAGGAGAAGCCGGAGGAACACAGGAGGGGAAGAGCUUUCAGAAUCAGGAGGAAACACUUCUCAAACUGAGGACGAUCUUCUUCUUCUUCUGUCUGUGAUGAUGAUGCUCUCUCUGUUCCCUGCAGGUCUCUCAUGCGCCGCUCAUCUUCAUCUCAUCUCGACAGAGAUCUGGAGCAUCUGAUCACGUCACCCUUUAAAGAACAGAAACCAAAAACGACUAACAAUCCUCCGCAAAUUCAGAGAACCAGAACUUUGUAAAGGACCUCCUCGGUUUUUGUAAAUACAAGAAGCAUAUUUUUGAUAUUUUCUAAGAUGAUUUUAAAGAUGUCACACAGUAUAUAUGAUUAAAAGUACUGAUUAUAAGCUUGGAGUCUGUCUUUAUUGUGAGCGGAGAGAAGAAAUGCUGAGAGCGGACAGCAGGGGGAGACCUGCUCUCAUUAGUGGAGUGAUGAAGACAGUGAUGAAGACUGUGAUGAAGACGGUGAUGAAGACUGUGAUGAAGACUGUGAUGAAGACAGUGAUGAAGACUGUGAUGAAGACAGUGAUGAAGACGGUGAUGAAGACGGUGAUGAAGACGGUGAGGAAGCAUGCUUGUACUGUCAGCUGGAGAGUGUUUGUGUAUGAUGUGUGCUUGAGGAAACAGAUGAGAAGAGAUGAAGAUUGAAGAGCUGAUUCUGUGACGCUGAGCCGAGGUCACAAAGUGUUUAUCAUUUAAAGUCAAGAUUCGACGCCACCUCGGGCUUUUUCCAGAGAAUAUAUCAUUUAUACUAGAAACUAUCAAAUCUGUGUUUGUUAGUUUUAAAAAUGCUCAUGUCUUUAUAUUAAAGAUUUGAUUCAUUUCCUUGUUUCUUCCUAGAUUUUUCAUUUAGCAAA